CCUGUCUGUUUGACGUAGAGCCGAUAGUCGAGCUCAGUUUUCUUCGGGGAGUGGAAAAAGUCUAGAGCAGGUGGGAGGUGUAAUAACUGCUGUGAGAUACUUCCUGGUUUUAUCUGCCACCGUUUAUUUCAGCUCACAGACAAAAGCCCGUGCAACGGAUAUGGGUGUGUUGAUCCUUCAGCUUUUGGUGUGUGGCCAACUAAUAUUGUUUUCGUUGGCCUUGGAAAACGCAACCCAUCAGGUCACUGAAUCACCAUUAAACAAGACUAACACGUCUCAGCCUUAUGUAACGCCUGUAUCGCUGAAUACAACAGGAAACUAUACGGAAUACAAUGCCUCAACCUUGCCAAACAAUUCAACGUUCAAUUCUAGUAAUACAAACGUGACCACUUCAACCACGACGAUGACCCCUAUCGGAACCAAGAACAUAACUGUAGCCCCUGAACAAAGCAAUGCAACAGUCUCUAGAUCAACCACACGGCCAAACGUAACAACAGCACAAACAAAACAAACAAGAACCUCAGCACCUAUAACAAAAGCAAAUAUCAGUUCAACAGCCGUCACGACUCGAAAAAGCACCACUUACAGCACUACUACAGGUACAACUGUUACCACGUCAAAGACUUCACCGACAACCAAACCAACUGAGAAAAGUUCUACCACCGUUACUCAAGGCAACUCAACCACUUUAUCUGGUGCCAGCCUGAGUGGUUCAGAGACAUCCCUGACUAUUUUAUUUAGCGUUGUGCUUGGUAUGAUAAUUCUGAUGAUUCUGGUGUACUUUGCACACAAGUUCAGACGACGCAAACAGACGAGGGUCCAAUAUACUCAUCGGCGUCUCCAGAAUGAGGAUACAGGUGAGCAGUUUAUGGCUCCAGAUGACACGCUGGUCAUUUCAGGAGGACUUUAUGAUGGCCCUCAGAUUUACAACCCCACCAUGACAGUGCAAAGUGAAGAAGACUAUCAGACGGAUACAUCUGGAUUCGCCUACAGACCCAGUCAGUUCCGCUUGGAGUUUUUAAACGAGGAUCAGCGACGAGUACCGGACCAUGACAAUGCCACCUUUCACUCAUUCCACGCAAUUGAUCAAGAGCCUUAGAUGUCAAUACAGAAACCAGC